UUGCACCAACAAAAAUGCAUUCUUUUGUAAAGCCCAAAAACAGGGGAACUAGCGGGAAAAGAGGCAUCCAUAUUUUCUUACUAGCCAACAGGAGCAAGGCUCGAAUGCACAGAACAUACCCAAAGGCAUAGACGGGUUGAGCAGCGACUGGAGUUGGAAUUUACUACAGACAAACAAACAAACAAACAAACGGACUAACACAGUUGAUGCUCCUCGUCGGCACAAGCUCAGUUCUUUCCCGCCUCAAUCGCAGCGUGCACAAAAUCUUCACAUUUCACUAUCCCACCAGACAACACGUCGGGCAGGACACCGAUUAUGUCGAAGGCCUCCUGCAAAUCGGUGGCGGAGUUCAUCUCCUCCAACCAAGACACCAGCUCUUUCGAGAACCCGAGCAUCUCACUCACUUUCAGCAGCCGUUCUUUCAUCACCAACUCCCA